AUGCAUUACAGGAAAUGGAAGGAGGAGCACUGGUCAGCAAGUGUACACCAAUUUUUCACUGUCACAGUGAUGCAGGAAAAUAAUUUAACCACCAAUGUGACCUGUCAGAUUCAUGAUGGCAUAUUAUCACCCUUCUUGUCAAUGGGUUACAUUGUAAUCUUUUGCAUUGGUUUCCUAUGCAACACUGUCACACUCUAUAUAUUUUUCCUUCGGCGACACACAGACUCUUCCAUGGCCGUGUACAUGCAGCACCUUGCACUAGCAGACACUCUGCUGGUCAUGUGUUUGCCCUUCCGAGUUUACUACCACAACAAAGAAGGUCCCUUCUACUUGUGCAAGUUGGUGGGCAUCUUCUUCUACAUCAACAUGUAUUCCAGCAUCCUGUUCCUCAGCCUAAUCAGUCUGGAUCGCUACUUGAAAAUUAUCAAGCCCGUUUGGGUCUUUCGAAUACAAAAGACAAAGUGGAGCCACAUGGCAAGCUAUAUCAUCUGGGUGAUCCUCAUCUCAGGAGGAGUGAUUCCCUUUUUUACAAGCAACAGUCAGAAACAUCCGUGCAACAAGGUUUGCUUCCAUUUCCACAGCAAGGGGCCUGUCUGUGGGACCAUUAACCUGACUACAGUGGGGCUCUUCCUUGUUUUCUAUGUAGCCUUUCUUUGUUUUUAUGUUAAAAUCACUAAGAAACUCAAGACUAUGUCCAUGGGUAAUGGUGACCCUAAGGCACAAAGUCGCAAAAAAAGGGUAAUCAUGAAGACUUUCUUAGUACCAGCCAUUUUUACUUUGUGUUUCUUGCCCUACCAUGCGAUACGAAUACCAUACGUUCUGGCUCAGAUGAAUGUGAUUGGAGAUCUUCAAAGCCAACAAUUGUUGCACAUCUUAAAUGAGAGUUCCUUGCUAUUGUCUGCUCUGAAUAGCUGCCUUGACCCAAUUAUCUAUUACUUCUUAUCCAGCGAAUACAGGAAAACAAUACUGUGUGCCAUUCAGGGCAAGUUUAAAAACAUGCAUGCUUUAAACAGAAUGAGAAUCAGCAUAAACCGCACCUUCACUGAAAUUUAG